AUGCGAUGCGCGAGCAAGGCCGCCGAGAGCGCGUCCGCAUGUCUCUGUGCGGACGCCGAAGCAGAAACCACAGCAACUGAUGUCUCAUCGGUUGCUGAAGCGACCCAGCCUGUGUCACUUGGUGAUGCAGGCGCUGGUCAUGAAGACACUCGUGUCUUCACAGAGUACGAGCUCGGUGUCUCGUACUCUCCUGAUACGGAUGACGGAACCGUAUCGACGGCGAAUUGA